AUGUAUCCCGGUUUCCAACAAACUUUGCACUCUGAACCCGGCAGGAGAAAACUGGCACUUGUCACGGCCUGUUACGUAACAGAUUUCGAUUUCUCUAUUCAAAUGGCUGGUGCGACGAGCAACGAGAACCAAAAUGCAGCACUAGCAUUGGCAUAUAAAAAUGGGGACGUGGAAGGAGGAACAAUUCAGCUACACAAUACAGAAUCUACGACCUGGGACCUCAUACAAGCUCGAAGUAAGGAAAUCAUUUAA